AUCCCUCCGGUGCUUCAGACCGGUAGAUACAAAUUUGUAGAGAAACUUUUACUCAGAGGCUUCGUUGAUGGCGGCGAUGGAUACUAUUUCGGCGCUUCUUUUUCGGCCGCCGCCUUCACUGUUAGUGAACGUGAUGACGGUGGUGAGUUCAGUGGUGGUGGCGGUGAUCGGACUUUCGGAAGCGAGAGGAACAGCGCAUUUACAGUAUUCGAAAUUCUGGAAUACAAAUAAUAGCGCUACGAAAUCAUCUAAUCUGGAGAAAUUCAAGAUUUCAUCAAGAUCGGGGAUGCUCUUACUUUAUGCGCCGGCGGCUCUCGCCGGCGCUGUAUCGUUCUGGAUCUUUCCAAACGACGAUCUGAGGAUUCUUCUGCUUAAAUCUGCUCUCACUCUCCAUUUCGUCAAAAGGAACUUUGAGGUACUGUUUAUUCACAAAUACAGCGGCAAAAUGGCGCUCGAUUCAGCCUUAAUAAUCUCCCUCAGCUACUUCUCCUCUACAGCGCUGAUGAUUUACGCUCAAGAACUCUCAAGAACACUUCCAGAGCCAUCCAUUGAUCUGAAAUUCAUCGGAAUUGCUCUGUUUCUGAUAGGAAUUAUCGGGAACUUUUACCACCAUUAUAUAUUGUCCCAAACUAGAAAAAAGGGCGAAACAGGCUAUAAAAUCCCCAAAGGAGGCCUCUUCUGCGUUGUGAUUUGCCCUCACUAUCUGUUUGAAAUAACUGUUUAUUUCGGAUUCGCGCUCAUCUCUCAGACAAUCUACUCAUUGUGCUUCGCCAUCGCCACGGCUAUGUAUUUGGGUGGGCGAAGCUACGCCACUAGGAAAUGGUAUGUCUCUAAAUUUGAGGACUUCCCUCACCAUAUCAAAGCCCUUGUUCCCUUUGUAUUUUAAUCUCGGUCAAAUUAUAUUAAAUACUCCUCAAUGGAUCGAAU